UCCCUCCAAAUUAAUGGAAGCAAAUUGAUACUAGUCCACGUCAUAGACGUAUAAAUAUUUAAAAAGAUCGUACGCCUCACGUGAAUGAGACGAAAAUCUGAGGAAAGGAUAACUUUCCUCGUUGUUAAGUCAUGAAUCUGAUAAGAAUAGAGAGAGACAUCAAAUUACCGUAAUGGUUAGUAGUAGUAAUUCGCAGAAUUAAAGCGCCUCGAUUACUGUCGAUCGCUGUUCCUGUCAGCGGCAUUGUUGGAAACGUCUUACUGGAACGGUUAUCAACACUAUUAACGCUGUUCAGAUUCAAGGCGCUUUUGUUUGUGGCUCUCGUUUGUCCUCUCCACGUGAAUAGUUCAAUGAUUUUGAAAAUUUUAAGCACUUCUGGAGAAAACGUCACGUCCUGACUUGCGACUUUUGUGAUUCUUUUACAGUAAUUGUUGUAUGUACGCCAUAUAUAUGAUGCGAGGUGAAUACUGUGAAGUUUCCAUCUCCAUUAGAUCUGCUAGAUAAUCAUACCAAACCGUUUCGCGGCAUAUUUGUGUCACGUCCGUGUCGUAACACAGUUAGCAGAUUCUGUUGUGACAGUGAGAUGCUCGAGUUUAUCAUUGUGUUGCCACCCCGGCCGAGCAUUGUUCGGCUGUGACUGUUCGCGAGCUCCUGCUUCUGUUAUUCAAAUACAAUGUCCUCGAAGAACAGAUCAUCCUCUUCUAAGGUUCAUCCUCCGGUCUGUUCCUUCUGCAAUUUGGCCGAGGACAAUGAGCUGGAAUAUGGAAAGAUCUAUGAGCACAAUGGGAUUGCCACUCACUAUUAUUGUUUGCUCUUGUCUUCGAACAUGGAACAGAAAGGAAAUGAUGACGAAGGCAUACUUGGAUUCCUUGCUGAAGAUAUACAAAAGGAACUUCGUAGGGGAAAGAGAUUGGUAUGCUCGUACUGCAAAAAGCAAGGUGCUACUUUAGGUUGUUGUAACGUAAGAUGCAAACGGAUCUUUCAUUUUCCUUGUGGCAUGAAAGCUGGUUCUCUGCAUCAGUUUUUCGGUGAAUUUAGAUCAUAUUGCAUAAACCACAGGCCGAAACAAAAGAUUGAUGAACAGGUUCUAAAGCAGGCUGCCGCAGUAGAUGUAAUGUGUUAUAUUUGUUAUGAUAAAGUUAAUACUAAUGACUUUGUGAAAACAUUAUGGGCACCCUGUUGUAAAAAAGAUGCAUGGUUUCAUCGCAUUUGUGUUCAGGUUAAUCUUAAUAUGGCUUCAUACUAUUUUUUUAAUAUGAAUACAGAUUUAUAUAUCCAAGACUCUCUCAUUUUUCAGCAACUUGCAUUGAGUGCAGGGUAUUUUUUCAAGUGUCCCUUAUGUAACAAUAAAAAAGAUUUUCAAAAAUCUAUGUUAGAAUACGGCAUUUUCGUGCCAAGUCAAGAUGCUUCGUGGGAAUUGGAACCAAAUGCAUUUGAAGAGCUUCUGUAUAGGCAUGAUCAGUGCGAUGCACCGAAAUGUCUUUGUCCAAAGGGAAGGAAGUAUACAAGUACUAACGCUAAAUGGGAAUUGGCCCUAUGUCGUACUUGCGGUUCACAAGGUAUCCAUAUGUCUUGCGGACAGUUGAAAUGGGCUAAUCCGGUGUGGGAAUGCGAAGAAUGUACAUCUAUAUUAAGUAAUGAUCGUGUAAAACUAGGCAACAGUUCUGCAAUAGGCAGUACUAGUCAAAAUAAGGAUUCUGAUUCAGAUUUAAAUUCAGACUCAGAUUCAGAUUCAGAUUCAGAUUUGGAUAGUGAUACAGAUAUCUCUGUAGGAACUGACUUCCCUAUGCCAUGCGCCUUGACUGAUUCAUCUUCCACUUCUUCCUUGGAGUCUAUUCUGGAUAAUAUUAAUUUGCGACCUGGACCACGUUCUUUUAAGUUACAACAGCAAAUGAUCAAACUAGGCCAAUGGUUGGACUUAACAAGUACUGUGCUUGAAAAGAAUAUAGCUGCUAUUGAAACUAGUACGAAAGAUGAAUCAUUAUCAAAAAAUGAAUUCUUAUCAAAAAAUGAUGACGAGAAGAAGGAGCCAUUGAUAAGUGAAGAAAGCAAGGAAAGUAAAGAAAAUAUUCUUCAGCGAGAAAGUAAGGAAGAUAGCUUCCAGAAAGAAAAACAGUUGCAUCUUCAAGGAAAAAAUAAGGAAGAUAGCCCCCGGAAAGAAAAACAGUUGCCCAGCAAAAAUGAUGAAAAAUCUCAGCCGAUUCAGACGAAGACGGAUGUUAUCAUAAUUGAAAGUGAUGACGAUGAUGUAGAGCUUAUUUCAUUAACACAAAAAACGAAUCUUUCACCUGUUCACAUGAAGCAGCUUACACAAUUUGGCAGUUUAUGUCUUCCUAGCACAUCAACAUCGAAGAAGUUAAAUGCAACAGUGGGAUCUAAAAGCCAAAGUAUAGCGACAAUUGAUUUAUUAGAAAAGGAUUAUAUCCAUUUAUCAAAACCUAUUGCAUCAGAAAGAGAAACUUCGAAGAAAAACGAAUCUACCAUCUCCAAAGACCAAAUCGAUGUACUUACAUCACAAGAAUCUACAUUAGAUCUAAUUACUUCAAACGAUGUGAAAACGGACACGGAAAAAACAAGCGAAACGUCAUUUAUGAAUAUCAAAAUUACUAAUGUUGUUUCUCUGCCACCUGAAGUGUUCGAAAAUGUACCUGAUGUUAUAUGUGACAAUAUCACAUUACAUGCGAAUACCACUAAUACCUCGCCUCUUUCUAUAAAUGAAAAAUUGGAGCAACUCGUUACCUCUGUCUCGUCGAAGCGUAGCAUGCACGAAGCGAGUAACAUUAACAACUGCAAGAAGAUCAAAAGAAAUAAUUUCGACGAAAGAUUGUUUGAAACAUGUUCUCGAGUCGGAACUACAGUAUCUGAUAGAAAUGAGACAAAUAAUACUCAAAAUGAUGCAAAAAAUAGUACAAAUAAUAUAGAUAGGCAGCAAAGUGAAAGAACAUCUGCAAACAAGUUUAUUCCGUUGUUAAGUAAGAAUUCAGCAAAUAAUUUAUCUUCACAACACAAUUAUAUACAAAUUAAGGCAAAUGAUGUGCAACAUAUGAAUCAAAUUUUAUCAAAUUUGGAAGGAAACGCUGUACAUGUUAAUCUAAACCAGAGGAACGAAAAUCGUGUCACACAAGCAAAUACGACAGAAUUUGUAACUUUCACUAAGAAUAAUCCAGUUUUGUUACCAAUUGGUAGUUAUUAUCUUCAACAAAUACCUAACCCGAAUUUUACGGCCAUUGAUCAAAAUGAUAGAAGAAAUGAAACAAACUUGUAUGGUAUAUCAUCGAAUAGCGUAAUUCUACCGCGUGUGAAAGAUAAUAUCACUGUGCUUAAUAACUCAACAGUACUUAGCAAUCCUCUGCUCGUAAAUCAACCAGUAAUGACCAAUGUAACUGCGCCUAUUCUGAGCGACAAACGAAUAGUAACAGUAAAUCAACAAGAAGCUGCCUCAAGGAAAGAUGUACCUACUAGUACAUCUAGUAUUGAGGACAUUUCCACAAACAAGACGACACACAAGAAGAACUGUGACGGGGAUGCAGGCACCAGACCUGCUGAGACUGAAUCUACCAACAAUAAGAAAGCUGACCCAUCAAAUUAUUCCCACAGUGUCUUCGACAAACAAACCGUUGCCCGUCAAAGAUCUAGCGCAACCUGCAGUGUCUUCCCACAAAUCACUAACAACCAUACCACAUGUCAUCGACCUGGACUGAUACCGCGUUACGUGAAUCUACAGGACCUGAAAUUUCGAGUCUGCGCAUCGAACAAUAUUGAAAUGAUCUUAUACGAUACGUUCUCCGUAAAUAUUUCGAUGAAGAACCUCAAGGAAAGUAAGAGAUUGGCAGAUGUAGCUGCAUCGCGGGAAACAAAAAAAAUGUCUACCAUUGCAUCUCGUGAAGCUUCGUGCAGUUCAGAUAUCAACAAUAUUACAACUGAGAGACAUUUUUGCUCUUUGAAAAAUGAAAAUUUUUUAAUUAAUGACAAAAUGUACAUAGCGCACAGUCGGGAUGAUGCUAAAGAGAAUUUAAAUCCGAUCAGAUCUAAAGUACUAUCGCAUAACGAUACAUUAGACAAUGUGAACACGACAACUAAUAUUGAGCAAUACAGCGCAAUGAAUAACUGUUUUAAAAAUGAGAAUGACAGUGAGACGUGUCUCGUUUCAAGUGAUACUAAUGUAAGUGUAUUAAAUCGAACAAUUUGCAAUACGAAUGUAGAUACUAUUGUACCGCUUAUUUCGAACCAAGGUUCACGAGUUAGUUUAGAAACUGUACAGCAACAUAAACAAGCGUCUAUACACAGUAUAAUUUCUGUGCAUACAGAAGAAAAGUCCAGGGCUCAACUAUUUUUCAAGGAGACUAAUAGAAUAGUACACAGUGUUGAUUUUGAUUUAAAUGUUAAUAUGAAUAAAAACAUUGAGAAAAUAUCGCAAAAUGAUAUCACUGUUCUGAAUCAACAUACUGAUGAAAUUGAUAAUGAUCAUACAGACGAUUCUCCGACAUCACAGAAUGGUUUAAAACAUUUAAAUAGUAUGAACGUCAAGUCGAAAAUCAAUAAUCAGAACGUCACGCGUGUCUCGAAUAUUGCAAAGUUUAAUGAACAUAGUAUCCUAAGUAAGCAGAUCGAUGCGUGCAAUUCUAAAAAGUUCAUUCAAUGCAUAGCAUUUCAAGAAAAUACUGUACGUCGUAAUGGUGAGACUAGGAUAAAAAAUAAUGAAUUUUGUCUCAAAGUGAGUAUAGAUUUAUGUAAGAUACAAAACCUAAUUGACUCUAAACCGGAAUUAUUUAAAAAUCCAAAGCACGCUAAUGAUCAAUGGCAUACGCACACAAAUCGAUUAUCUGGCUUAGAUAACUAUGUUUGACAAUAGGACACUGUGAUAUUGAGAAUAGAAAUAGGGUGAUUUCCAGCAAGAGACACGUAUGAUACAGUGUAACACAAUGAAUCAUUACAUCCUUGGUAUUUGUCAAUGUUAAAUGAAGUUGACAUGAUCAUUAUGUCGUAUUUGUUGGAAAGCACCAAUAAUAAUUAUCCGUCUAAAAAUAGGGAUAAUUACAGAACUCAAAUUACGUGUACAUCAAACGGAUGCAAUAAAAUGUUAUCCCCGAUGCAAAUACGUAUCCUAAAAUAUCAAAUUUUAAAGGGAUUUAAAACAUUUCAAUAAAAAUACCUCAGAUAGAGAGUUAACAUGGAAAACAUUCUGUAUGAUAAAAAAUAGGAGAAAUAGUAUAAAUAGUAUGAAUAAUAUAAAUAAAGCAGA